GUGGAAAGAAGAAGAGGAGUGGAGAGAGGAGUAAGCACACUACAGAUAGGAUCUUGGGCAUGAAUGAAAUGGGAGUCAUGCCCUGUAAGCGCCACUGACCUCUGCAGGAGAAAACAAAAAGCUGUGAAAUCAUGAGCGCUCCAGCGACAGGAAGCCCGAAUAUGGAGGUGAAGGUGGUCUCCCAGGAGAUGGCAUUGCUUAGCAACAUCCUGGCAGCUUACACCUUCAUUGCAGACCAACCUGAGAGGACAGCAUUGGUGUUUCUGGGCGGUGUCUGCGCCGGCCUUCUCGUCACACUCUGCGCCAUCGUCUUCCAGAUACACUGUCGAGCUGACUGCCACUAUGGCAACAGUAACCACCCUCACCAUCGCCGCAGGACUGGGCAUCAUCACCGUCGCCAUCGCAGCUGUCCCCACCAUCAGCCUACUGACAGCAACCCAGACAGCACUGCUGUUGUUACCGCUGGAGGGACCGGGCCUGCCGGGGACAGCGAAUCAGAGGACUGGGAUGACACGUCUGACCUGUCGGCACGGAGACGCAGACGCUUUGAGAGAGCUCUGCUGCACGCCACCAUGUUCACAUCAGCUGAGGAGCUGGACCGGGCCCAGAGGCUAGAAGAGCGCGAAAGGAUUCUCAGAGAGAUCUGGAUGAACGGCCAACCAGACAUCAGUACAGUCACUCAGAGCCUGAACAGAUAUUACUGACGCAUAAUCAAACAUGCACACAGCCAGACGGACGUGAAGAAAGACAAACAAACAGCUGGACGAAAGGUGAAUGAAUGGAUAAACGCAUGAAAAAAACACUGGAUGCAAUGAACACAAAACAUCAGCUGUGGAGCGCUGUCUGUACUGCACCAAAGAGACUCCAACAAAUCAAAGUGUUACUGACAGUCGUGCCUGGAGCCGUCCCCUCCGCUGCGUAAACAACAAGGAAAACAUAUGAGUUGUGAUGGCUCGGCCCCCCAAUACAGGAUGAUACCAAAGUGUUUGGAAGAAGAAUAUCCUCUUGCUCCAAAAUGCCAACAAGUAACACAAUGGACCUACAGAGAGCCCACACUGCGAAACAGCGUUCCGCUGCUUUUGGUGAAAACUCACAGUGGAUUUUAUAACUUUUCAAAUUUCUAACAGGUGCUUUUUGAAAUCACUGUACAGAAGCGGAACAUGGAGCCUUGUGCUGCAGCUGUUUAUGAGUGUAUGGGUUCAAAUAUUGGUGAUACUGUGUUCUUGCACUUUUUUCACCCUUUCUUUUCUGUUUGUAAAGCUGAUACAAUCAAGUGGUGAGAACUGAAACCUAAAUUAAAGGUAGCAGAAAUCAUACAAAAGAAUCAAAUGUGGAGAGCCGUUCUAUGCCGAGAUGGAUUUACUGGUGCUUUUACUGCUGUAAUUCUGCAUCCUCAGAUAAAGAGAAUGCACACUUAUUGGAAAGGCACAAAAUGGCUGUUGUGGCUGAUGAAACAUGUAAUGUUUAACCUGACAAUUUGUUGGUUGCAUCUGCAGGCUGGAGGCUUAUCAGCUAUUGUUGCACAUUAGGACAGCAGGUCAUCGUGUUUGACA